AUGGCCGACGACGCGCAGCAUGAGCACACCUUCGAGAGCGCCGAUGCCGGUGCCUCGACCACCUACCCCAUGCAGUGCUCUGCUUUGAGGAAGAACGGAUUCGUCGUCAUCAAGAACCGCCCUUGCAAGAUCGUCGAGAUGACCACCUCGAAGACCGGAAAGCACGGCCACGCCAAGGUCCACUUGGUUGCCAUCGACAUCUUCACUGGAAAGAAGCUGGAAGAAUUGUGCCCUUCCACCCACAACAUGAACGUUCCCAACGUCACCCGCCGUGAAUACCAGGUCCUCGACGUCACUGACGACGGCUUCAUCUCCCUCAUGAACGAUGACGGCGACACCAAGGACGACGUGAAGGUCCCCGAUGGUGAAGUCGGUGCCAAGCUCAACAAGCUCUUCAAGGAGGAGGAGAAGGACACCAACGCCAUUAUUCUCACUGCCAUGGGUGAGGAGGCUUGCAUUGAAGUCAAGGAGGCUCCCAAGACUGGUUAA